UGAACUCAUUCUCAUCAAGAGGAACUUCUAUGGGCGACUCAAUGUAUACUUCUCUUUGUUCCCGCUCAUCCCGGAGGCAAAAAUGAAUCUUGUAUGCCGUGAGUUUUUGUUGUCUACACUCCUUGGAGCUCUGCAACGUUACACAUUUCUCUUUGCAGUGUGUACUAACCUGUCAAACCCGUCUUCUGGUGUCCGUAUUGCUGUGGUAUUUUGAGUAACACAUCGCCGAUGCUCUGGAGUGGAAGUUUCCAGAAAAUGGAAAAGUGAGAAUUUGAUGACGUGUUGAGCUGAAUGGCCAGUGGACCGUUACCGAACACAAAUCUUCGUUUCACUCAGGUGGAUUGCGAUUGGAUCAACUGAUUGGAAGAUCCUGGAUAGUAUGGUUAUCCUGGAUGAGUAUCCUGGCUAGUCUUCAAGGUCACAAUUACCGGAACGGAAUUGCCCGACACGUCGUCUUCACAGCCGGAGUUCGUCGCGUGGUCAAUGGACCUAUCCGAGAAGACGCAUCUCCUGGCGCUUUCGAGAUGCUCCCAGCACACGGCGAUCUAGUUACGUCCGUGGUCAAAAACUUUCUUCUCCCUUGACGACUCCUGUGACCUUCGCCAGUUGCCCCACAAUCUUCUACGCAAACUGAAACUUUGAGUUCUGAGCCAGGUCUAUUGUUACCUGUUGUCUUCCAAAGCAUCAUAUUCAUUAUCAUCGGCUUGGACUUCGGAGUCACUUCUUCCACUUUUCUAAUAUUUAUCAUAGCUAAUUUCCCGUUAUUUCCCUUAAUUUUCUGAUUUUUAUCAUAUCAAAACCAUCUGUUUUUCAAGAUAAUUCGUUCUCAGCAAGGAUAAAAAUGAUGUUCUCAGAAGGUUUUACCUCGCCAAAAGCAAAGUUGGUGUCUUCCUUAUCGGAUUGUGUUGAUUUACACGAGUCAGUUUCGGAAAAGCUUGAAGUCAAAUCAGCUUCUUUCUCUCUCCCGUUGGAAAUGUCUCCGUUGGUCAUGCUGGAAGGGAAUAGCAACAGUACAGAAUUAGAUCCCUCCGCAAACUCAGUUAUGGUGGCAAGGUCAUUGGGAUCAUCCUCUCUAACUACGCAAUGUGACACCGCUCUAGAUGAAACAAGAUCGAAACUAUGUUUUGAUGACUCGCCGCCAUUUGGGUUGCCUUUGCCUCUCAAGCCACAAAUCGUAGCCCCAGUAGGGAAGUCGCAAAGUAAUACCAUUAGUGCAGAGUCAAUUCCCACUACAAAUGCAGCAAUGUUCGCAAAACCAAAGAAAUCCAUGGACCACAUAACGCUGCCAGAAGUAGUGCAGACUGAACCAAGAACUACCAUAUUUUUCGACGACUUGCCGUCAUCUCAGCUACCACUACCCCUUCGUCCACAAACCGUAGAACAGUCUGACAUGUUGGAAGGGAAUAGCGACCGUAAAAGUUUACUUCCGAUCGCAAACUCAUUUUCGGCGCUAUCUGGGUUUCGUCGUUUGACGCUGACUGACACGAAGUCGGGAUAUUCUUUUGACGAUUCGCCGUCUCUUUGGUUAUCGCAGCCUCGAUCACCAACAGCAACUCCGCCUACAACGUUACCAUGGACUAGCAUUGACACACGUCUACUGCCCACCGUCAACACUGUAGAUGUUUCGUCGCCAUCAGUCCCAUUCAGUCUGACUCCACCGGAUGCUGUUGCGACCCACUCAAAGACGGAGCUGUCUCUCGAAAACAUAUCACGGAAGCCUCUCGUACCACUUACUUCGCUGAAGUCGCGAAAACGAAAGUGCCAUUGUAAACGUCGUAAACCGAGACGUAGUAAUAGUAUGAGGCAGUCGAGCAGAAAAGACUGGGAGGGUGCGAAACGUGAAGACAGACUGGCAGAGUCCAUUUUAGGUAAGGACGAUAUCGCAUUUCACACGGUCUCCGCAGGGUUACAGCUUGGUAGGGAGAAUGGAAAAAGAUUGAGGUUAGAAACCGGAAGCAAAGAAAGACCCCUAGAGGGGCUUUUCAUUGAAGAACAUUCAUCUCGUACGCUGUCUGCUCGCCUAGAUACGUCGCGCGAGCUUGUGACUAAGGAACACGUGCCGACACAAAUUGAAAACGGUUUGUACGACGACUCGUUGGUCACCUGCUGGCUGCCUCCGCCGUUGCUCCCUCUGUUAGAAGAGACGCGAAAGGAAGCACUGGCUCGACAUUCAGACGUCGCCUCGGCCUCUAGGUCAUCGCAGGCCUCUUUCUUCCCGUCGGCGGCUGCGACGGACUCUUUUCAGAAGAUGCCACGGGAGACGUCUACACUUGAUGCGGACGUCGCCCCCGCCACUGACUCAUCGCAGCCGCUCCAGCCUGAUACAGGAAACGCCAUGCUGGAACGUCCAGAAAGGGGUGUAGUAGAGAUGAUGUCGAACGAAAAUUGUGCAACCACUGACCCACCGAUCGCUCAGGAUGGAAGCAGGAAAGAAACAGAAACUCAGCGAGUGAGCAAGUCAAUCAAGAAAAGUUUAUUACUCGGCGAAAAAGUCACAAUCGCGAAGAACAAAUCUAAAGAUACGGGGAACUUCCGGUUGGAAAAAACGAACGAGGAUAAGGAAGGACAAUCGUAUGAAGAGGAUAUCGAUCAGGGUCAAGAAAUCGUUUGGGAGAAAUUGGAGAUAAUAGAACCUGCGGAUCUAGUCGGGCACCUGAACGACAAAAGGGAGGCGACUUUUACAAAGAAUUCAAUCUCACCACAAUUAUUCUCACGAAACACUGGGACUCCCAGACAGAGCGUUGUGACCGCACAGGAAUUUAUUUUACCACAUCGUCGAGGGGUCUCAUUGCCUACGUCAAAAGAAAAGCUGAAUAAAGUGGUGUUACAAGAAUCAAAAAAUACAAAACAAGGGAGACGCAGACAUACUAUUUUACUCUCCGAGGACAAAGACGAAUAUUUGACUAAGACUCCAGCACCCUCACGCUGUUGGCGCGCAAAAGAAACGAAGACCAAAACAAGUGGUGGGACAUGCAAAGAACCGUCUACCGGUGAGGAGUCAGCUGAACACAAACAAGAAUUUUCUACCAACACCUCAACACCUAGCGUGAUUGCCCAAGGACCUCUUGCGCCGAAACCCGUCGAAGUUGAACGCUUGUCCCCACAGUUGCAACUUGAAGAGAGAAACAUACGGGCAGGAGAUGUGGAACGGGAAUCUACAAUUCUAAGGGAAAGGGUUGCCGAGAAUUUCGUACUACGCCACGAAAACAGGGAAGAUUUUUCCAAGAGCCCGAUGCCAACGCACUCCAUUCCCCAAGAAACGCAAACAAAAAACAAGGACGAGGCUCUGAACGCAAACUCUAGAAGCUUCGAAAUGGAGUCGGUAGCGGUACAAGAUAGUGGAUUUUCAUGGACAAGUGCAAUUUCCAGGAACGAGAGAGCUGACGCGCAUUCCGAACAUAAAGAAGGUUAUGUCACACAUUCUCUCCGUCCAGCAAAGUGUGAGAUUUCCCUACAGGCAACAGAAUCUCGAAAGGAUACCACCGUCUCUGAAUCCUUUUCUCUGGCAGAGACCGCGGUGGAUCAGUCAUCUAUUGCGCAGGCGUCGACAUCAGUGGGAAAAACGUGCAUUCUGGGUAAAACGAUGAACAAGAAGUUUGGGUUGGACAAAGACAGCGUGGUUGGGUCACCCCUGCCGUUGCAGUUGUCGGCCCGACCGUCUACCUCGCAAGAGUCCGUCAGGGCAAAUAAAGGGGCGGAGUGCGACUUGGCUGCGAAGUCAAAGAGGAAACAACUGCUGCGGGUAGCGCGUGCGCUGACGUGCGCCGAGGGGGACCAGUCCUUCGGCCUUGGGCGACAGGCGGUGCAGUUGGCAGCGCGUGGCGGCCACACAAGCGUGGGCAGACUCUUCGGGCGGCGGGCCGCAACGGACAAAAUGGGAGACUUCCUCGGGAGCAACGGCGCGUCCAGCAGCCGAGCCGCCGACGCCGCCGAAGACCCGCCGGCCGGUGAAGAAGACGCGACCCCGCUGCACGACGGCGAGGGCGAGGGCGAGGGUGAGGGUGAGGGUGGGGACGCGGCGCCAGCGCGCCCCUGUUUACUGGAGCGGCCGCCGCACCACACGGCGCCGUCCGAAGCCCUGCGCCGAACGGUGGUGGCGCGGCGCGCGCUGCGAGAACGAGCGCGGGAGCCCCAGCACGCGCUCAAGGAGCUGCAGGCGCAGCAGGCGCGAGAGCUGUUGCAGGCGCAGCGCGUGCUUCAGUUGUUGAAGGAUCAACAGGCGCAGCCGACUGCUCAACGCACUCCGCUUAGCCAGGCUCAGCAGGGACUUCACGCUCAACACGGCUUGCACGCUCAGUCCGGGCUACUCGAGCUGUACAACAUUCCUGCUCAUCUCGGCCUUCCAACUCCUCUGUGCCUUCCAGCUCCUCUGUACCUUCCAGCUCCUCUGUGUCUUCCAGCUCCUCUGUGCCAUCCAGCUCCUCUGGGCGUUCCACCUCAACCCGGCCUUCCAACUUCUCUCUGCCUACCAGGUCCUCUGGGCGUUCCAGCUCAGUUCGGCCUUUCAGCACAGCUCGUCGUUCCGGCUCAACUGGGCCUUCCGACUCAACUCAGCCUUCCGCCCCAGAUUGGACCUCCGCUUGAGUUCGGCCUCCUCCUACCACAACCCGGCCCUCCACUUCAAUGCGGUCUUCCGCCACAACUUGGUUUUCCGACUGGGUCCAACCUUUCCGGUCAGCCAGGCUUUCAAGCUCCCCUUUAUUUAAUUCCAGACAACAAUUCCAAUAUGUACAAAGGACACAAUCAUUAAUUAACGGUUGUAGAGUUUUAGAUAUGUCAAUAUAAAGGAUGUUCUACGAAUGUUUAAAAUGAAAGAAGAAUGUAAGGAUAAAAUAAACGAAUAAUAGACAUGAAAUUUAAAAACUCCACAGCGGACUAACUCUAAGAGUGUCACGAGAGAAGUAUGAUAAAAUUUACUAGAGCUUAUUUAAUGAUCAGAGUAAUUAAGUAAUAUAUUUUAAUUUUGCAAAUAAUUUAAUGGAAGCAGCAAGUACACAGCAUUCGUCAGUGCGAAUUGACGUUCUGGUCACGUGUUGGAAUUUUAAUUAUUUGUAAUUCUGUGUAGUCUUGUACAUGUGAUAGGGAGUUAAUUAUCAAGCUUUAAAAUCCGGUCGUGCAAACUGUUCUAUCUGGUGACGAUGGUGACGGUGAUAGAGAUACACAUAGUCAAGAUCGAAAAGAUACUUCGUGCUCAAGAGAAUUUAGUUUUAACGUAUGUCAUUAAUAUGUUAUCUUACGGGAAACUGGUCGUUGAUCAGUUCUCAGUUAGCAUCAGACAUAUUUGUCAACAAAGCCGCCAAUUCCACGACGCCGAUUAACAAUAAAGGACGGUUUUAGGAUGGCGCUUUGUAAGCUACUCUUAUGAUACUACCCAAUCAAAUUCAUACAUUGUUGUUAGAAGAAACAAGAGUGGUUUUCAAGUUUGAUGUCUUACUAUUUAGUUAUUUAUUUAGAAGAAAGAAGAGUGGUUUUCAAGUUGAUGUCUUACUGUUUAGUUAUUUACAUUUUAGUUAAUUAAAAUAAUAUUGGAGACGCCGUUACUCUGUCAUUUAGCGUCAGCGGGUCCACGCGUUGUUCACCAUGAGAACCGCAGCAACACUGGCUCAAAGACGUCCAUUAUGUGAAGUGUUCAUUUCUUACUGCUUGAAAUCUUGAAGGAUAUAUUUUUAAGCCAACAUAAUUCAAUUUUCUGUUGUUCAAUAAUUCGUUAUGUGUAAGAAGAAAGUGAAGAAAACAAAAGGCAAAUAACAUUAGGUCGUGAUUACUGAAAAACUAACAACAAACCAUGUACGAGAUCACAAAUAUAUUAUUUAUCAAAAGCACGUGUUUCCUUGAUCAAGAGCUGAUAAAUACUUAAUUAACUUCAUAGACCCUUUGUUUACUGUUUUGCCAUAUAGUUUGUAAGUUAAGAGUUAUUGAAAAUAUUUUUAACAUUAUAAAUUUUAAUUGUUAUGCUCGUUAAUCAUGAAAAAUACAAAAAACUUAAUUUUUGGUCAUUAUUGUUACCUGUGUUUUAGAAAAUAAAUAAUUAUGUAAUUAAUUAAUUUAGUUAUUCAUUUAACCUCAAAAUGUUUAACACUGUGUGACGUACUAAGGAAAGUGCUUAUGUGCAUAGUUUCUUCAGCUCUGGCAUGUUUCUCCGAACUCGUAUACAUGAGUCGUUGAGAGCAAAAGUAAUGUAAGUAAAAAAAAACUACUUUCUGGAAACUGGCGUGUAAACAAAAAAACGCUGUAAAACUGUAAUG